AUGUCUAGCACUAUACACACCGCUGUCUUCCUUCUCCUCCUCCUUGGCAUUGUUUCCGAGCUGAGCACUGUUACACUUGCUAAUUUUGCCAUCCCACGGUUUGGCCAUGGCAUAUUUGGACGCCGCUGUCGAUUUGGCUUCGGAGGAGGUACAGGGUUCGGUGGAGGUGCUGGAGGUGGUUUUGGAGGUGGUGGCAGUGGAGGGCUCGGUGGUGGUGUCGGCCAUGGUGGUGGGUUAGGUGGAGGAGGAGGGUUUGGAGGAGGCAUUGGUAAUGGGUUUGGUGCUGGGUCAGGCAUUGGGGGUGGCGUUGGAUCAGGGGGAGGUCUUGGAAUAGGACAUGGAGGAGGCUUUGGUGGUGGGGCUGGAGGUGGAGGGGGACUUGGCGGUGGUGUUGGAUCAGGGGGAGGCCUUGGAAUAGGGCAUGGAGUAGGCUUUGGUGGUGGGGCUGGAGGUGGAGGGGGACUCGGCGGUGGUAUUGGAUCAGGGGGAGGCCUUGGAAUAGGACAUGGAGGAGGCUUUGGUGUUGGGGCUGGAGGUGGAGGGGGCCUCGGCGGUGGCCAUGGUGGUGGUUUCGGUAGCGGAGCUGGAGUUGGCGGUGGUGUUUAUGGAGGCCUUGGUAGUGGUGGAGGGUUUGGAGGUGGUGGUGGAGGAGGCCUCGGCGGUGGGCAUGGUGGAGGCUUUGGUUCUGGAUUGGGUGUAGGGAGUGGUGUAGGUGGUGGUCUUGGUGGUGGAGGAGGCUUUGGUAGUGGUGGUGGACUUGGUGGCGGAUCCAGUGGAGGUUUCGGUGCAAGGGGCGGUAUAGGAGGUGGUGCUGGAGGAGGUCUUGGUGGUGACAGUGGGCAUGGUAGCGGCUUCGGUGCUGGUGCUGGUUCUGGAGGUGGUGUUGGUGGAGGCGGCGGUCGUUGA